AUGGCCAGCAACCCAAGAAUCCUCGUGCGACAGGCUACUAUCUUGGUCGACGGGAAAAGCAGCAGCGAAACCCACAGCCGCCGCAUCGCCGCCAAACACCACAGCGGAAAUGGACCGUCCCUGAACCAGCUCCCGGAGGCGUGGGACACCUUCAUAGCAGACAUGACGGGGAUGCACUCCGUCGCCGCCCUGCGCAGGUCCCUCGUCGCCCACGGCCGCAGCCACGGCGCCGUCUGCCUCGUCGUCGCCAUCACCCUCAACCACAUGCGCCGGCUGCUCUUCCCCGCGGCCACCCAGUUCUUCUGGCCCCACGCCCUCGCUGACAUGAAGCUCGCGCGCUCUUCCCCCCACCGACUCCUCGAGCAGUCCGUCGUCUCCUUCGACUGGCUCCCCUUCGUCGCUUGGGCGGUCUUCACCUACCUCCUCGCCAUGCUUCCCGCGCUGCUGGGCCAGCUCGUCACCGCCCACUGCGGGCGCGGGAGCAGCAGGGCCACGGCUGCCGCCUGUAUUGUCGCCUACGUCGCCGCCAGCCUCGCGUGGGCCGAGCACGCCUACGUCCAGUCGUGCUGGACGCUGGCGCAGCUGUACGCCUGCUGGAGGCUCGUCUCCCGCGGGGGGGACGCCGAGCGGGCCUUUCUACAGAAGCUGCUGGAGGAGCAGUCCGCGCGGGCGACGGCCGUGCUGGGGCUCGUUGCGCUGGGCUUGCAUUUCCGCGUGCUGCCCGUGGCGCAGCAGGCGGUGCGCGGGCAUUGGCCGGGGGUGCUGGUGUAUCUGGGGAUGGGGGUCGGCACGGCCUACAUGGUCAGGUACUCGAAUAAGUUCUUUAUUCUGCUGGAGUUGGCGGAUAUGUGGAUUACGCUCGCGUGGUUUGGUGGUGCCUUCGUGCUGCAUGGGAUGGAGGUUCUACGGAGACGGGUGGAAGCUGAUGAUAGGGCUGGGAAGGGGCCUGGGAAGGGGGCGUCACAUGUAUCAAAGACUAGAUGA